AUGGCGGUGAACAGCGUUCGAACGAAAGUGAUCGACGCCGUCACGAUAUGGAGCGUCGGCCAUCUUUAUCAGGCUAUUGGGGAAGGGAAGGUUCGCAACGCUGCGGUGUACGUCCGACAGCCCUUCGAACCCGGCACGGCGACUGAUUUCGCCUCGGAAAGUCUGACACAGCAACUCAGGGGCCUCUCGUAUAAUUGGUGUUUCGUAGCGGCGAAUCAUACCGACGUCGUCUACGCCGACGAUCAGGUCAUUAGUGGUGUCACGCCUGGCGAUAUGGCGAAGCUCGGCUAUCUCGACCCCGAGUUCUACUUGCUCAUUGAGGACGUCCCGGGUACAGAUCACAAUGAUCCACAGCGUGCGCGGGAGUUCGUCUUGGUGUCCCGCCUAGACAUAUCGCCCGUCCUCGCUUAUUAG